AUGGUGGCCGGGAUGCUGAUGCCUUUGGGGCAGCUGCGCGCCAUCUACGAGCUGCUCUUCCGGGAUGGCGUCAUGGUGGCACAGAAGGACCGGUGCCCACGUAGCCACCAUCCCCAGCUGCCGGGGGUCACCCACCUGCAAGUCCAGCGGGCCAUGGGCUCCCUGCGCUCGCGCGGCCUGGUCCGCGAGACCUUUGCCUGGCGCCACUGCUAUUGGUACCUGACGGACGAGGGCAUCGCCCAUCUGCGCGACUACCUGCGCCUGCCGCCGGAGAUUGUGCCCGCCACCCUGCAGCGCACCCGCCGCCCUGUUGCCAGGCUGAGGCCUGCCUCCCACCCGCCUCGCACGCAGACCGUGUCAGGGCCGCUGGCCUGCCCCCCCAAGGCCCAGGAGGCCUCGCGGCAAGCCUAUCGCCGGAAGGAGGACCUCGCCCCGCCUGCCGUGCGGGCAGCGUCACAGGUGGCAUCGGAUGCCCAUCCCGCAGAAGACGAACGGGAUCGGGUCCAGAAGAAAACUUUCACCAAAUGGGUCAACAAGCACCUUAUCAAGCACUGGCGGGCAGAGGCCCAGCGCCACGUGAACGACCUCUACGAAGACCUCCGCGAUGGACACAACCUGAUUUCUCUCCUGGAGGUGCUCUCGGGAGACACCCUGCCUCGGGAGAAGGGCCGGAUGCGGUUCCACAAGCUGCAGAAUGUGCAGAUUGCCCUGGACUACCUGAAGCACCGGCAGGUGAAGCUGGUGAACAUCCGGAAUGAUGACAUUGCGGACGGGAACCCCAAGCUGACGCUGGGCCUCAUCUGGACCAUCAUCUUGCACUUCCAGAUCUCCGACAUCCAGGUGAGCGGCCAGUCGGAGGACAUGACCGCCAAGGAGAAGCUGCUGCUGUGGUCUCAGCGCAUGGUGGAAGGCUACCAGGGCCUGCGCUGUGACAACUUCACCACCAGCUGGCGCGACGGGCGCCUCUUCAAUGCCAUCAUCCACCGGCACAAGCCCAUGUUGAUCGAUAUGAACAAGGUCUAUCGGCAGACCAACGUGGAGAACCUGGAGCAGGCCUUCUCGGUGGCCGAGCAUGAGUUGGGGGUGACCCGGCUGCUGGACCCGGAAGAUGUGGACGUGCCCCAGCCGGACGAGAAGUCCCUCAUCACCUACGUCUCCUCGCUCUACGACGCCAUGCCCCGCGUGCCGGACGUGCAGGACGGCGUGAAGGCCAAUGAGCUGCAGCUGCGCUGGCAGGAGUACUCGGAGGUGGUGACCCUCCUGCUGCAGUGGAUCCGGCACCACACGGUGGUCUUUGAGGAGCGGAAGUUCCCGGCCAGCUAUGAGGAGAUUGAGAUCCUGUGGCGCCAGUUCUUGAAAUUCAAGGAGACGGAGCUGCCCGCCAAGGAGUCCGACAAGAACCGCUCCAAGGCCAUCUAUCAGUCCCUGGAGCCUGCCGUGCAGUCCGGACAGGUGAAGGUGCCCCCCGGCUACCACCCGCUGGACGUGGAGAAGGAGUGGGGCAAGCUGCACGUGGCGAUCCUGGAGCGGGAGAAGCUUCUGCGCUCUGAGUUCGAAAGGCUGGAAAGGCUGCAGCGCAUCGUCAGCAAGCUCCAGAUGGAGUCCGGCCUCUGCGAGGAGCAGCUCAACCAGGCCGACACCCUCCUGCAGUCGGACAUCCGGCUGCUGAACGCGGGGAAGGCUCCUCAGAAGGCGGGCGAGGUGGAGCGCGACCUGGACAAGGCUGACGCCAUGAUCCGUUUGCUCUUCAACGACGUGCAGGCCCUCAAGGACGGGCGCCACCCCCAGGGCGAGCAGAUGUAUCGGAGGGUCUACCGCCUGCACGAGCGGCUGGUGGCCAUCCGCACGGAAUACAACCUCCGCCUGAAGUCCGGCUCGGCGCCCAUCGCCCAGCUCACCGUGCCUGUCACCCAGCGGCCCCGGCAGGAGCUGGAGGACGUCACGCUGCGCUACCUGCAGGACUUGCUGGCCUGGGUGGAAGAGAACCAGCGGCGCAUCAGUGCAGCCGAGUGGGGCAUCGACCUGCCCACGGUGGAGUCGCAGCUGGGCAGCCACCGGGGCCUGCACCAAUCCGUCGAGGAGUUCCGCGCCAAGAUCGAGCGGGCCCGUGCCGACGAGGCCCAGCUCUCUCCGGGCCCUCGCGGGGCCUACCGGGAUUGCCUGACCAAGCUGGACGUGCAGUAUGCCAAGCUGCUGAACUCCUCCAAGGCCCGGCUGCGGCACCUGGAGAGCCUCUACGCGUUUGUGGCAGCCGCCACCAAGGAGCUGAUGUGGCUGAAUGAGAAGGAAGAGGAGGAGGUCAGCUACGACUGGAGCGAGCGCAACAGCAACAUGGCUGCCAAGAAGGAGAGCUACUCGGGGCUGAUGCGCGAGCUGGAGCAGCGGGAGCGGAAGAUCAAGGAGAUCCAGAACACAGGAGACCGGCUGCUGCGAGAAGACCACCCGGGCAAGCCGACGGUGGAGGUAGGGCUUGCAUCCCGCCAGCCGCCGGAGACCCUGAGGCCGUGCUGCUGCGAAGCGGAGAGUGGCUCCACGUGGCAGUCUUCCUCCCCACAGUUCAUGGCUGAUGUGAAAGAAGCUGAGGACUUCCUGCGCAAGACCCAGGAGACCCUGCGGAAAAAGUUUGCCUGCGACCGCUCCACCACCGUGACGCGCCUGGAGGACCUGCUGCAGGACUCCCUGGACGAGAAGGAGCACCUGGCCGAGUACCAAGGUCAGCUGGCCGGGCUGGCCAGGCGGGCCAAGGCGGUGGUCCAGCUGAAGCCCCGGAGCCCCACGACCCCCCUCAAGGGCCGCCUGCCUCUCCAGGCCGUCUGCGACUACAAACAAAUGGAGGUGUGUGUGGGGGGGGGCGGUGGCAGCCAGACGGUGCGAGGGAUGGGGGGGGGGGCUGCUGGGUGUGGGCUGGAGGCCUCAUUUUGGGCUGCUUGUUCUCUCUCUCCCCCCCCCCCCCCCGCAAGACACCGGCUGGAGGCCACUCAGCAGAGCUUGCUCAGCCUCUGGCACCAGCUGCACAUCGACCUGAAGAGCCUCCUCUCCUGGCAGUGCCUGCAGCGGGACAUCCAGCAGAUCCACUCCUGGUCCCUCCUCAUAUUCCGGACGAUGUCCCCGGAGGAUUACAGCCAGACGCUCCGCAGCCUGGAGACCCACUACCAGGAGUUCCUGCGCAACAGCCAGGACGCGCAGAACUUCUUCCCGGACGACCGGCUGCACGUGCAGCGUGAAUACACCACUUGCACCCAGAAGUACGAGCUGCUGCUGCGCAGCCUGGAGAGAGGUGAGCAGGAGGAGUCUCUGUGCAGGAACUACAUUUCCCAGCUGAAGGACAUCCGCCUGCAGCUGGAGGGCUGCGAGUCCCGCACCAUCCACAAGAUCCGCUCACCACUUGACAAGGAUCCCGCCAAAGAGUGUGCCCAGCGCAUCAAUGACCAGCAGCAAAUCCACCUGGAGCUGGAGGGCAUCAAGAAGAGCCUGGGCAAAGUGAGCGAGAAGACGGAGCAGGUGCUCUCUCAGCCAGAGCCCUCCGGCUCGGCCCCCACGCUGCGCUCGGAGCUGGACGUCACUUUUCAGAAGAUGGACCAGGUGUACAGCCUGUCUGGCGUCUACCUGGAGAAGCUGAAGACCAUCAACCUGGUGAUCCGCAGCACUCAAGGCGCGGAGGAGCUGGUCCGGAAGUACGAGGAGCAGUUGAAGGAAGUGCAAUCGGUGCCCGCUGACCUGAAGGCACUGGAGGAGACCAAGGCGGAGCUGAAGAGGCUGCGCAAGCAGGUGGAAGGGCACCAGCCCCUCUUCGACACCCUGGAGGCAGACCUGGGCAAGGCCAGCGAGGUGAACGAGCGGAUGGUGCGGGGCCACAGCGAGAGAGACAUGGACCUGGACCGCUACCGGGAGCGCGUGCAGCAGCUGCUGGAGCGCUGGCAGGCCAUCCUGGCCCAGAUCGACCUGCGCCAGCGGGAGCUGGAUCAGCUGGGCCGCCAGCUCCGCUACUACCGCGAGAGCCACACCUGGCUCAUCCAGUGGAUCCGGGAUGCCCGGCAGCGCCAGGAGGGCCUCCAGGCCGUGCCCGUCACCGACAGCAGGGCCGUGCGGGAGCAGCUGCUGCAGGAGAAGCAACUCCUGGAGGAGUGUGACCGGAACCGGGAGAAGGUGGAGGAGUGCCAGCACUUUGCCAAGCAGUACAUUGAUGCGAUCAAGGUGAGGCUGCGGAGGUUUCUCUCCCGCCCACCCGACUCCAUCCCCGGCAAGCUUUGGGGCUCUCCCUUUCUGGCGCACUGACCGCCUCCUCCUUUGGUGAUGCAGUACGUGGACCUGCGGACGCGAUACAGUGAGCUGACCACGCUGACCAGCCAGUACAUCAAGUUCAUUACGGAGACCCUGCGGCGGCUGGAGGGAGAAGAGAAAGCCGCGGAGAAGCAGAAGGCGGAGGAGCGGAGGCGGCUGGCUGAGGUGGAGGCCCAGCUGGAGAAGCAGAAGCAGUUGGCCGAGGCCCACGCCCAAGCCAAGGCCCAGGCCGAGCAGGAGGCCCUGGAGCUGCAGCAGCUCAUGCAGGAGGAGGUCAGCAAGCGGCAGCUGGUGGCCGUCGACGCCGCGCAGCAGAAGCAGAACAUCCAGCAGGAGCUGAAGCAGAUGAAGCUCGACUCGGAGCUGCAGGUCCAGUCCAGGCUGAAGCUGAUCGAGGAGACCGAGCUGAGCCGCAGGAGGGUCGAGGAGGAGAUCCGGGUCAUCCGCCUGCAGCUGGCCACCACGGAGAAGCAGAAGCUGGGCGCCGAGGAGGAGCUGCAGGCGCUGCGGGCCCGGGCAGAGGAGGCCGAGCGCCAGAAGAGGCUCGCGCAGGAGGAGGCCGAGCGCCUGCGCAAGCAGGUGGCGGAGGAGGCCCAGAGGAAGAAGGAGGCCGAGGAGGAGCUGAAGCGCAAGGUGCAAGCCCAGCAGCAGGCCGCAAGGGAGAAGCAGGCAGCCCUGGAGGACCUGCAGGCCUUGCGCCUGCAGGCCGAGGAGGCGGAACGCCGGAUGAAGCAGGCGGAGCUGGAGAAAGAGCGGCAGAUCCAGGUGGCCCAGGAGGUGGCGCUGAAGAGUGCAGAGGCUGACCUGCAGAGCCGGCGCCUGUCCUUUGCCGAGAAGACGGCCCAGCUGGAGCUGUCCCUCAAGCAGGAGCACAUCACGGUCACCCACCUGCAGGAGGAGGCCGAGCGCCUGCGCAGGCAGCAGCUGGAGGCCGAGCAGGUCCGGGAGGAGGCGGAGAAAGAGGUGGAGAAGUGGCGGCAGAAGGCCAACGAGGCCCUGCGGCUGCGGCUGCAGGCCGAGGAGGUGGCCCACAAGAAGACCCUGGCCCAGGAGGAAGCCGAGAAGCAGAAGGAGGACGCCGAGCGGCAGGCCCGGAAGCGGGCCAAGGCCGAGGAGUCCGCCCUGCGCCAGAAGGAGAUGGCCGAGGGCGAGCUGGAGAAGCAGCGGCAGCUGGCCGAGGGCACCGCCCAGCAGAAGUGGCAGGCGGAGCAGGAGCUGGUCCGCCUGAAGGCAGAGAUGGAGAAUGGGGAGCAGCAGCGCCUUCUGCUCGAGGAGGAGCUCUUCCGCCUCAAGGCGGAAGUGAGCGAGGCCAUCCAGAAGCGGAAGGAGCUGGAGGAGGAGCUGGCCAAGCUGCGGGCGGAGAUGGAGCUGCUGCUCCAGAGUAAGGUCAAGGCGGAGGCAGAGUCCCGCUCCACCAGCGAGAAGUCCAAGCAGAUCCUGGAGACCGAGGCCAGCAAGCUGCGGGAGCUGGCGGAGGAGGCGGCCCGGUUGCGGGCGCUCUCCGAGGAAGCCAAGCGGCAGUGGCAGCUGGCGGAGGAAGAGGCGGCCCGGCAGCGGGCAGAGGCCGAGCGGAUCCUCAAGGAGAAACUGGCGGCCAUCAACGAAGCCUCGCGCCUGAAGGCGGAAGCCGAAAUCGCCCUGAAGGAGAAGGAGGCCGAGAACGAGCGGCUGCGGCGGUUGGCCGAGGACGAGGCCUACCAGCGACGGCUGCUGGAGGAGCAAGCGACCCAGCACAAGCGCGACAUCGAGGAGAGGAUCACGCAGCUGAAGCAGUCCUCGGCCAGCGAGCUGGAGAGGCAGAAGAGCCUCGUGGACGACACCCUGAAGCAGCGGCGCAUCAUCGAGGAAGAGAUCCGCGUCCUCAAGCUCCAGUUUGAGAAGGCUUCUGCGGGGAAGGCAGACCUGGAGCAGGAACUCGGCAAGAUCAAGCAGAGAGCGGAGGCGGUCGAGCAGAGCAAGGAGCAAGCCGAGCGCGAGGCAGAGAAGCUGCGACAGGCGGCCCUGGAGGAGGAGCACCGCCGCAGAGAGGCCGAAGAGAAGGUCCAGAAGAUCCUGGCUGCCGAGCAGGAGGCCGGCCGGCAGCGUAAAGCAGCCCUGGAGGAGGUGGAGCGCCUGAAGGCGAGGGUGGAGGAGGCCAAGAAGCAGAAGGAGCUGGCCGAGCGGGAGUCGGAGCGGCAGAUCCAGCUGGCCCAGGAGGCGGCUCAGAAGAGGAUCACGGCGGAAGAGAAGGCCCACCUGGUGGCCGUGCAGCAGAAGGAGCAGGAGUUGCUGCAGACCAGGCAGCAGGAGCAGAGCCUCCUGGACAAGCUGAGGGAGGAAGCCGCCCGGGCCAGGAAGGCUGCCGAGGAAGCUGAGUUUGCCCGCGUCAAGGCGGAGCAGGAGGCGGUCUCGUCCCGGCAGCUGGUGGAGGAGGCCGAGCACCUGAAGCAGCGAGCCGAGGAGGAGGCGCAGGCCCAGGCCAGGGCUCAAGGGGAGGCGGAAAAGCUCCGGAAGGAGGCCGAGCUGGAGGCAGCCAGGAGGGCGCAAGCGGAGCAGGCGGCCCUCCGGCAGAAGCAGCUGGCCGACACAGAGAUGGAGAAGCACAAGAAGUUUGCCGAGCAGACUCUGCGGCAGAAGGCCCAGGUGGAGCGAGAGCUGGCCAAGGUCAAGCUGCAGCAGGAGGAGACGGAGCACCAGAAGGACAUCCUGGAAGAGGAGCUGCAGCGGCUGAAGGACGAGGUGACGGAGGCCAUGAAGCAGAAGGCCCAGGCGGAGGAGGAGCUCUUCAAGGUGAAGGUCCACAUGGAGGAGCUGAUCAAGCUGAAGACCCGCAUCGAGGAGGAGAACAAGGUGCUCAUCACGAAGGACAAGGACAACAUGCAGAAGUUCCUGCUGGAGGAGGCCGAGAAGAUGAAGCAGGUGGCGGAGGAGGCCGCCCGGCUGAGCGUGGAGGCGCAGGAGGCCGCCCGCAUGCGGCAGCUGGCGGAGGAGGACCUGGCCAAGCAGCGGGCCCUGGCGGAGAAGAUCCUGAAGGAGAAGAUGCAGGCCGUCCAGGAAGCCACCCGGCUGAAGGCGGAGGCGGAAGUGCUGCAGAAGCAGAAGGACCUGGCCCAGGAGCACGCCAAGAAGCUGCAGGAAGACAAGGAGCAGAUGCAGCAGCAGCUGGCCGAGGAGGCGGAGGGCUUCCAGCGGACCUUGGAGGCGGAACGCAAGCGGCAGCUGGAGAUGAGUGCCGAUGCGGAGCGCCUGAAGCUGCAGGUGUCCGAGAUGAGCCGGGCCCAGGCGAAGGCGGAGGAGGAGGCCCGGCGGUUCAGGAAGCAGGCGGAGGAGAUCGGCCAGAAGCUGCACCAGACGGAGCUGGCCACCCAGGAGAAGAUGACGCUGGUGCUGACCCUGGAGCAGCAGAGGCACCAGAGCGACCAGGACGCCGAGAGGCUGAGGCAGGCCAUCGCGGAGCUGGAGACGGAGAAGGCCAAGCUGAAGCGGGAGGCGGAGCUGCUGCAGGAGAAGGCGGAAGAGAGGCAGACGGCCCAGAAAGAACAGCUGCGCCAGGAGACGCAGAUGCUCCAGCAGACGUUCCUCUCGGAGAAGGACACCCUCCUGCAGAAGGAGAGGUUCAUUGAGGAAGAGAAAGCCAAGCUGGAGAGGCUCUUCAAGGAUGAAGUGAAGAAGGCGCAGGGCCUGCAAGCAGAGCAGGACCGUCAGCAGAAGGAGAUGGAGCAGGAGAAGGAGCGGCUGAGGGGCGGCCUGGAGGAGGCCCGGCGGAGGCAGGCGGAGGCAGAGGAGAACGUCCGCCGGAAGCAGGAGGAGCUGCAGCGGCUGGAGGAGCAGCGGCGGCAGCAGGAGAAGCGGCUGGCGGAGGAGAACCGGAGGCUGCGGGAGACGCUGGAGCGCCUGCAGGAGGAGCACCAGGCAGCCCUGGCGCAGACCCGGGAGAUCAUGAUCCAGACGGACGAUCUGGCUCCUUCCCUCCAGGCGCCUCCACUGGCAGCCAUGCCCAAUGGGAGAGACGUGGCAGACGGCCUAGCUCAAAACGGCGAGCCAGAGUUGGCCUUUGAGGGCAUCCGGCAGAAGGUGCCCGCCCAGAAGCUGGCAGAGGCGGGCAUCUUGAGCAGAGAGACCAUGGAGAAGCUGGGCAAGGGGGCCGUGACCCCAGAGCAGCUGUCACAGAGGGAGGACAUCCGGCGGUACCUGAGAGGAACCAGCAGCAUUGCCGGCCUGCUGAUUAAACCAGCUAAUGAGAAGGUGAGCGUCUAUCAGGCCUGGAAGCGGCAGCUGCUGAGCCCGGGCACGGCCCUCAUCCUCCUGGAGGCCCAGGCUGCCUCUGGCUUCAUCGUGGACCCCGUGAAGAACCGGAGGCUGUCUGUCAACGAGGCCGUAAAAGAGGGCGUGGUUGGACCGGAGCUGCACAACAAGCUCUUGUCUGCCGAGAGGGCCGUGACUGGCUACAGAGACCCCUACACCGGGGACAAGAUCUCCCUCUUCCAGGCCAUGACAAAGGGCCUCAUUGUCCGGGAUCACGGCAUCCGGCUCCUGGAGGCCCAGGUGGCAACGGGGGGCAUCGUGGACCCCAUCAACAGUCACCGCCUGCCUGUGGAAGCGGCGUACAAGCGAGGCUACUUUGACGAGGAGAUGCAGCAGAUCCUGGCUGACCCGACGGACGACACCAAGGGCUUCUUCGACCCCAACACCCAGGAGAACCUGACCUACCUGCAGCUGAUGGAGAGGUGCGUGACGGACCCCGAGACGGGGCUCUGCCUCCUGCCGCUGACGGGCAAAGCGGCCGCGGGGGAGCUGGCCUACACAGACCGAGAGGCCAAAGACGUCUUCCAGAAGACCACCGUGUCUGCGCCCUUUGGCACGUUUAAGGGGAAGACAGUGACUAUCUGGGAAAUCAUCAACUCUGAGUACUUCACUGAGGAGCAGAGGCGGGACCUGCUGCGCCAGUACAGGACAGGGAAGAUCACCGUGGAGAAGAUAAUCAGGCUGGUCAUCACCGUGGUGGAGGAGAGCGAGAAGAAGGGCCAGCUCUGCUUCGACGGCCUCCGAGCGCCGGUUCCAGCGGCUGAGCUGCGGGAGAGUGGAGUCCUCGACCAAGGCCUGUACAACCAGCUGCGUCAGGGGAAGAAGUCUGUGGAGGACGUCGCCAGCCUUGACUCCGUCGCGAGGUACCUGAAGGGCAGCAGUGCCAUCGCGGGCAUCUUGGUAGAGUCCACCGGCCAGAAGCUGUCGCUCAGUGAUGCCCUGAAGAAGAGCCUCCUGAAGCCCGAGAUGGCCCUCACCCUUCUGGAGGCCCAGGCUGGCACUGGGUACAUCCUUGACCCAGUGAGGAACGAGACGCUCUCUGUGGAUGAGGCGGUGAGGGCCGGCAUAGUCGGGCCGGAGCUGCACGAGAAGCUGCUGUCGGCAGAGAAGGCCGUGACUGGCUACAGGGACCCCUACACGGGGCAGGUGGUCUCUCUCUUCCAGGCUCUGCAAAAGGGCCUCCUCCCUAGGAGCAGCGGGAUCCGCCUGCUGGACGCUCAGCUUGCCACGGGGGGCAUCAUCGAUCCCGUGCACAGUCACCGCCUCCCUCUGGAGACCGCCUGCCAGCGGGGCUAUUUCAGUGAAGAGAUGAACAAGGCCUUGUCUGCUCCCGCCGAGGAGGCCAGACUGUACUAUGACCCCGGCAGCCAGGAGCACGUCACCUAUGCCCAGCUGCAGGCGAGGUGCCGAGUGGACAAGCCGACGGGCCUCUGCUUGCUCCCCCUCUCAGACCAGGCCCUCCGCCUGCAGCAGGAAGAAGUCUACUCCGACGGUCAGGCCAAGGAGUCCUUUGACAAGACGACGGUCGAAGUGCCGGCGGGCAGCCUGAAGGGCAGGACGGUCACCAUCUGGGAGCUGAUCCACUCCGAGUACUUCACCGAAGAGCAGAGGAGGGAGCUGAUCCGGCAGUACAAAUCGGGCAAGGUCACCAUCGAGCGGGUCAUCAGAAUCAUCAUCACCAUCGUUGAAGAGACGGAAGCCAAGAAGCAAGAGCAGUUGACCUUCAGCGGCCUGCGAGCCCCGGUGCCGGCAAGCGAACUGCUAGAAUCCAGGAUCCUCAGUAAGGCCCAGUACGAGCAGCUGGCGGAAGGGCGCAAGUCGGUGAAAGAUCUCUCUGAGGUGGAGGCCGUCCAGAGGUUCCUGCAGGGGAGCGACUGCAUCGCUGGAGUCUAUGUGGAAGGGACCAAGGAGAAGCUGAGCAUCUAUGAGGCCAUGAGGAGAGACCUGCUCUUGCCCGGCACUGCGGCCGUCCUCCUGGAGGCCCAGGCGGCCACCGGCUUCCUGGUUGACCCAGUCAGGAACCAGAAGAUGUAUGUGAACGAGGCCGUGAAGGCUGGCCUGGUGGGACCGGAGCUGCACGAGAAGCUGCUUUCUGCGGAAAAGGCAGUCACUGGGUACAAAGACCCUUACUCUGGGAACACCAUCUCACUCUUCGAGGCCAUGAAGAAGGGGCUGAUCCUGAGGGAGCACGCCAUUCGCCUCUUGGAGGCCCAGCUUGCCACGGGGGGCCUCAUCGACCCCGUUCACAGCCACCGCCUCCCCGUCGAGGUGGCGUACCAGCGGGGCUACUUCGAUGAAGCCAUGAGCCGGACCCUCUCGGACCCGGCAGAUGACACCAAGGGCUUUUCUGACCCCAACACCAAGGAGAAUCUGACCUACUUGCAGCUGAAGGAGAGGUGCGUUGAAGACCCUGAGACUGGCCUCUACCUCCUGCCCCUGAAGCAGCCCGAGAGGCCGGCCAUGGUGGAGACCACCCAAGUGUACACGGAGGCCGAGACCAAGAAGGUGUUUGAGGACACCCAGAUUGACAUUCCAGCGGGAGACAUGGCUGGCUCCUCCAUGUCCCUGUGGGACAUCAUGCACUCCAACCUCAUCCCCGAAGAGCAGCGCAAGCGGCUGAUGGAGGAGUUCCGCUCUGGCCAGGUGACCAAGGAGCGCAUGAUCAUCAUCAUCAUCGAAAUCAUCGAGAAAACCGAGAUCAUCCGGCAGCAAGACCUCACCUCCUACGACUACGUCCGGCGCCGCAUCACUGCGGAAGACCUGUAUGAGGCCAGGAUCAUCUCCCUGGAGAUAUACAAUGCGCUGAAGCAGGGCUCCAAGACCAUCCGUGAGAUUCUAGAGGUAGAAACUAUCUGGAAGUAUCUCUACGGCACCGGUAGCAUCGCUGGUGUCUACAUCCCGUCCAGCAAGCAGAAGCUCGGCAUCUACCAGGCCCUGAAAAGGGGGCUGAUCAGUCCAGAGGUGGCACGCUCUUUGCUGGAAGCCCAGGCCGCCACUGGCUUCAUUGUGGACCCCGUCAAAAACGAGAUGUUGACUGUAGACGAGGCUGUCCGGAAAGGGGUGGUGGGCCCAGAGAUGCAUGACCGGCUCCUGUCUGCCGAGAGGGCUGUGACCGGCUACCGUGACCCUUACAGCGAGCAGAAGAUCUCCCUUUUCCAGGCCAUGAAGAAAGAUCUCAUCCCUUCAGAAGAAGCCCUCCGGCUGCUGGAUGCCCAGUUGGCCACCGGAGGCAUCAUAGACCCUCACCUGGGCUUCCACCUGCCCCUGGAAAUGGCCUAUCAGCGUGGCUACUUCAACAGAGAGACGUACGAAAGACUGACUGAGCCCAGCGAGGUCCGCAGCUACGUGGACCCUUCCACAGAGGAGAAGCUCAGCUAUGCGCAGCUCCUCAAACGGUGCAGGAAGGACGAGAACACCGGCUGCCUCUUGCUGCCGCUCUGUGACACUCGGAAACUGACUUUCAGAGGCCUGCGGAAGCAGAUCUCUGUGGAGGAGCUGGUGCGGUCCCAGGUCAUGGAUGAAGCCACUGCGCAGCGCCUCCAGGAGGGCUUAACCUCCGUUGAGGAAGUCUCCAAAAGCCUGCAGAAGUUCCUGGAGGGCACCAGCUGCAUCGCCGGUGUCUACGUGGAUUCCACAAAGGAGAGACUGUCCGUCUACCAGGCCAUGAAGAAAGGCAUCAUCCGCCCUGGCACCGCCUUUGAGCUGCUGGAAGCCCAGGCAGCCACCGGGUACGUCGUUGACCCCAUCAAGGGCCUCAAGCUGACGGUGGAGGAGUCCGUGCGCAUGGGCAUUGUGGGGCCCGAGUUCAAGGACAAGCUGCUCUCGGCAGAGAGGGCGGUGACGGGCUACAAGGACCCCUACUCGGGCAAACUGAUCUCCCUCUUCCAAGCCAUGAAGAAGGGACUGAUCCUGAAAGACCACGGGAUCCGCCUGCUGGAAGCCCAGAUUGCCACCGGGGGCAUCAUUGACCCGGAGGAGAGCCACCGCCUGCCCGUGGAGAUGGCGUACAAGAGAGGCCUGUUUGAUGAGGAGAUGAACGAGAUCCUCCUGGACCCGAGUGAUGACACCAAGGGCUUCUUCGACCCCAACACCGAGGAGAACCUGACCUACCUGCAGCUGAUGGAGAGGUGCAUCACAGACCCGGAGACCGGCCUUUGUCUCCUGCCCUUGAAGGAGAAGAAGCGGGAGAGGAAGACCUCAUCCAAAUCCUCUGUCCGCAAACGCCGGGUGGUGAUUGUUGACCCGGAGACUGGGAAAGAAAUGUCCGUGUAUGAAGCCUACCGCAAGGGCCUCAUUGACCACCAGACCUACCUGGAGCUCUCCGAACAGGAGUGUGAGUGGGAGGAGAUCACCAUUUCCUCCUCGGACGGGGUGGUCAAGUCUAUGAUCAUAGACCGGAGAUCAGGGCGGCAGUACGACAUUGAUGACGCCAUUGCCAAGGGACUGAUCGACCAGUCUGCCCUGGACCAGUAUCGCUCAGGCACCUUGUCCAUUACGGAAUUUGCAGACAUGCUAUCCGGCAACAUGAGUGGAUUCCGGUCCAGGUCGUCUUCGGUUGGCUCCUCCUCCUCUUACCCGAUAAGUCCAGCCCAUGGCAGAGGCCAGUUGACAUCUUGGAGUGAUCCUGCGGAAGAGACCGGCCCUGUGGCCGGCAUCCUGGACACGGAGACCCUGGAGAAAGUGUCCAUCACGGAGGCCAUGCACCGCAACCUCGUGGACAACAUCACCGGCCAGCGGCUGCUGGAGGCCCAGGCCUGCACGGGGGGGAUCAUCGAUCCCAGCUCUGGGGAGAAGUUCUCUGUGGCCGAUGCCGUCAACAAAGGCCUGGUUGACAAAAUCAUGGUGGACCGGAUCAACCUGGCUCAGAAGGCUUUCUACGGUUUUGAGGACCCCAGAACGAAGUCCAAGAUGUCUGCGGCGCAGGCCUUAAAGAAAGGCUGGCUCUACUACGAGGCCGGCCAGCGGUUCCUGGAGGUCCAGUACCUGACGGGCGGGUUGAUUGAGCCGGAGGCCACCGGCCGGGUGUCGCUAGAUGAGGCGCUGCAGAAGGGCACCAUCGACGCGCGCACCGCCCAGAAGCUGCGGGACGUGAACACCUACUCCAAGUACUUGACCUGCCCCAAGACCAAGCUGAAGAUCUCCUACAAGGACGCCAUGGACAGGAGCAUGGUGGAGGAAGGGAGCGGCCUGCGCCUGCUGGAAGCCUCCUCCCAGUCCAGCAAGGGCUACUACAGCCCCUACAACGUCAGCGGCUCCGGCUCCACCUCCGGCUCCCGCUCAGGGUCACGCACCGGCUCCAGGCAGGGGUCGAGGCGAGGGAGCUUUGAUGCCACCGGGUCCGGCUUCUCCGUGUCCUUCGCUUCCUCCUCCUACUCCUCCUCCAGCUACGGCCGCAGAUACACGCCUGGUCCCAGCAGCUGUGCUGACGCCGCCGGACCCGGCCGCACCUCCCUCCGUGCGAGUGGGGACGGUGGGAGGGAGGGAAGCCAGCCCAGCAAUCGCCCGCAGCUCUCUGUGGCGUAGAGCCCCCGCCGGCCUCCAGGAGCCCGAGGUCACAUUUAUCUUUGCUCUGCAUGUGGUAAAGCUGCUGGCUAACCUGAAUAAUUACUCUGAUGGUUUGUUUUUAUAAUUUUUAAAACUCAUUUUCUUCCAAAGCAGUGCCUAAAGUUUAACCAAAAAGACUAGAUUAAAUAUAUUAACAUACAGGAUUGUUCUGACAGUAUUUGUAUAUUCUGAGAGGAGAGUGAGCGAGCAGCCCUGCCCCGCCCUCCCUGCGCCCUGCCUCCUGUUGCACCGCCUGCCCAGCAGCAGAACCAGCGCCGCCCCCCCCCCUUUGCCAACACCACAAACAGGAGGAACCAGAAGCCUUUGGGUCGUUUUGGACCCUGACCAGCUAGGAGGACUUUUUUCCCAAUGAACUCUGCCAGCUCCACACACACCCCACACCCCCACAGAAGGAAAGGACCCCUCGGCGCUGUGCCUGUCGCCCCGCUGCCAACGCAUUCUCCGACGGGAAGAAGGAAGGAAGGACCUCCGACCGGCCUGGCACCCCAGAGACAUUCCUGCAGCCCUUCCAGCUCUAGCAGACUCCUGGGGCCGCUGCCUUGGACCUCGACCCCGCCGGCCUCCGUAGGACAACCCGGGGGAAACUGCCCUCUGCUCCCAGAGCCGCUCCCCAGCUGGCCUCCCCUCAACCACGUGGACUUGGUGUGCAGACUACAUCUUCUGGUCCCUUCGAAGACGCCCACUUGUCGUUGGGAGAACUCCUGACCUGGUUUUCUGGAGUGAGCAAGUCCCGGAAGAGUUCGAGAGGAGGCCCGGAGAGAGCUGCUCCUCCGCUGUGGCGGCCCACAAAGCGUUGCUGGAUGUCCAUUUGAACGUUCUUCCCAGCGGCCAUGGAUCUCAUACCUGCCCCUGCUGGGGGAAGCGGCACAG